AUGGUCAUUCCGCUCCCGGACGAGGACAACGCGCUGCUCUCGACGGACGAAGGAGGCAAAGGAGGAUUGCGUGAGCAAACGCUCCUGGAUCAUCUUCCCGGGGCGACCGUUCUCCACCUCGCCUGCCACGGGAUCCAGGACCCAGAGCGCCCGCUUAAUAGCGGCUUCGUCAUGCGGGAUGGUACACUGACGAUGGAGCGUUUGAUGCCGGUGGUGGUUCCGGAGGCGUUCCUGGCGUUCUUGAGCGCAUGUGAGACGGCGAAGGGGUAUAAGGAUCAACCGGACCAGGCGAUUCAUCUCGCGGCGAUGAUGCUCUACGCCGGGUUCAAGAGCGUGAUUGCGACCCUUUGGUCCAUGGAGGACGUGGAUGGGCCGAUGGUCGCAGGUCUCGUUUACGGAGAGCUCUUCCGAGAUGACUCGGAGAUGCUGGAUCCCGAUGACGUGCCAUACGCGCUGGAUGCGGCGGUUCAGAAGCUGCGUGAGGCACAUCCAGAACCGAGCCGAUGGGCUGUAUACGUGCAUCUUGGUAUGUGA